CACAUUUGGUCACUGGUUCAAACACUAGCGACCUCUUCUUGAUUUUGUUUUGUGACUUUCUGUCAGACGGACGAAAGCUUAUUAUCAUCUCCGGUUGAUGUCUGUCUGGUUUCUUUAGAUUACACUAUGUGGCUUCUUCUAGCUGGGUUCGUGCUGCUGGUGUGUGCUGCAGAUGCCACACCAGUUGGUGGCAGAACAGUUCCUGAUUUUGGAAAGAUGUAUCAUGUCAAAGGUGAGCUCUCUCUGCCUCAUUCUGAGAUAAAAGAACCGUUUGAAGUUUGGUACGACCUUGAGGGGAACAGAAGUCGAAUCGACUAUCGCAAUGGCACAGUGCGUACUUUUCUGAUUGGAGAUGACUUGGAUCAUGGUACCAUUUACAAGAUCACACCAGUCCUCCGAAUUAUUAAGUGUUUCCAGCUUAAAGGUACCAAGGAGGAUCCAAUACGUCCACAGGCAGCACUGCCUGAUCUGCAGGGCUCUGAAUUUGAGAAGAUGGAGAAUCACACUGGCGUUCUGUGUGAGGUCUGGAAAAAAGUCACCCAGGUUGGACAUAAGCAGAACACGUAUCGUCUGUGGGUCACACGUCCAGAGGGAAAUGAUUCCCCAGCCACCCCACACCGCUUUGAGAUGGAGGGCUUCAACACUCUUUUGGAGUCCUACAAUGACAAAUACACUAUUGACUACAGUGACUUCAGCCCACACACUGAGUCUGACAUUUUCAUACCACCUGAAAUGACCUGUGGAGAGUUUCCUGAUCCUGUAGAGGAGCAUCAAAUAUUGGCCAACCCCAUUCAAGACUAUGUGAGCACCUCCCCUGUUAGCCACGCCCACCGUCUGUUUGGCCCCUUUAAGGAGAAGUUUAAUCGUCAGUAUAAAAGUGAGAAGGAGCACGAGGAGCGUGAGAACAUCUUUGUACAUACUCAACGGUUUGUGCACUCUACGAACAGAGCCGGUCUUUCAUUCAGCGUCGGUAUCAAUAAUUUUGCCGACUGGACAAAAGCAGAGAAGGCCAGGAUGAGAGGAGUAAUUCCAGUUCGGAAGAAGGAUAAUACAAAAUAGUCCUCCCACAUUUCUUUGAGUCUUUUUUCAUCAUAUAUAAUACACUUUGAUAAACCUCAUUGUUUUUAUUCUGUUUUCAGUGUAUUAGAGUCAUUUGGUUCACAAUGCUGCAAGUUUCAUUUGCUGUGAGUUUAAGAUGGAUUUGGGAAUGCAAUGUGCUGUUACACACUUGAAUCAUUAUUUUCCAACAUUUUUGUGGGCAGAAGUUUACAGUAUUAUGCCAAAAUAAAAGCUUGAGGAUUUAAAAUGUUAAAA